AUUGAAGCCAGACAGAAGACAGAUUUGACAUUUGAUUGUCAAAAUAGUCUUCGAAAAAAUGGUGUCUUGGAGUGCUUUAGGCCGAUCUUUCGGCUUGAAUUUAAUCAAAAACCACGUCAAAACACCAACUACUGUCCAAAAUGUAACCUUCACAACAUCUAAAGCCUUAAAAGGGGGCCAUGAACACAAAACUUUCGUCCUACAACCUUCUAGGUGGCAAUGGCACAAAUUCAAGGAUAUGUUCCACUUCUACACCAUGCUGGGCUUGAUCCCAGUGACUGCCAUAAUUUUUUACACCAACGUGUUCAUCGGGCCGGCCCAGCUGACUCCAAUCCCCGAAGGUUAUGAACCCAAGCACUGGGAGUACCACCGCCACCCAAUAACAAGAUUUAUCGCCAGAUACAUUCAUCAGAGUCCUCAAGAGGACUAUGAAAAAUUCCUUCACUUCCUUGAUGAAGAAAAGCAAAAACAAAAGAUACGUAAGCUGGAAAAGGAGAUUGUUAAGAAGAUGGCUGAGAACCACGACUACCAGGCCUACUACUACAAACCAAUGGUCAACAAAUACCUCCGCAUCAACAAGAAGACCGGUGAGGAACUGUAUGACCGUAUUGGUGAUGAGUUCCAAGAAUAAACAUUUUUUGGAAUAUUUCAAUGACUAUAGUAUAUAUUAGUAAUCAAGUGUAUUGUUGAAUAUUUCAAUGUAGAUAAAUAAACUAUUAGUUGUUUUUAAUAACAAUUUUAUUUGAAUUGAUUACAACUGGCAACACUUGUAGUGUUAUAAUCUAUGUCACCUUUUGUAAAUGAUUUUGCUGUUAUUUAUUUACAUACUAUGUUUUACACCCAGAAAUGUCUUUCUAAGUAGUGCAGUGUUGUAUUAUUAAGAUAUUUUGGGUAAAAUAAAAGAGUAAGACAUA